AUGCCCGAGCUACCUGAGGUGGAAGCAGCGAAAAGGCUUAUGGAGCGAGGCUGUGUGGGCAAACGGAUUGAAAGAGUUGUGGCUGCGAAAGACGAUAAGGUCUUCGAGGACGCGUCUCCGGAUGAUGUACGGCGUGCUCUGGAGGGUCGGCGGGUGGUUGCAGCCCACCGCAAGGGCAAGUACCUGUGGCUGGAGCUGGACAACCCCGACGGGCUCUGGCCUCUGCUACAUUUUGGCAUGACGGGCGGCAUCGUGGUUCAGAACAUGGGUGCGACCAAAUACAAACGUAUUCAUUUGGCAUCAAACCCGGACGAGUGGCCCCCACGCUUCACCAAGCUGGAGUUGGAUCUGGAGGGUGGCGCCAAGGUUGCGUUCGUGGAUGUGAGGAGGUUUGGCCGCGUGAAGCUGCUCGCCAACCCUUCAGCACAGGAGCCGCUCUCCAAAUUGGGUUUUGAUGUUUUGGACGAGCUACCGCCUCUGGAGCAAUUCAUCGCGGCAGUUCGGAAGCGGGUGGCGAGAGCGCCGGGUCUCAAAAUUAAGGCUUUGCUCUUGGACCAGGAGUUCUGUAGCGGGAUUGGCAACUGGGUGGGCGACGAGGUUCUGUACCAAGCCCGCAUUCACCCGGAGCAGUCAGCGGCCUCCCUGGGGGAUUCCGCUCUGGCGGCCCUCCGCGAGUCCAUCCGCUCAGUGGUGACACAGGCUGUCGAGUUGGAGGCAGAUGUGGACCGCUUCCCCCCCGAAUGGCUCUUCCAUCACCGGUGGAACAGCAGGAAGCCCGGGUCCAUCAACGGCCACAAAAUCGAGUUCGUGACGGUGGGGUCGCGCACCUCGGCCUUCGUGCCCGCCCUCCAGAAGCUCCAAGGGCCCCGCACGGGCGCCGCUAAGAAGAAGAAGACAGCCAGCGACAGCGAGGAGGAGGAAGAGGAGGAAGAGGAGGAAGAGGAGGAAGAGGAGGAAGAGGAGGAAGAGGAGGAA